AUGACUACAAUCGAUGAAUGGCGCGUUUUCGUUUUCUCAAGCUCUUUUGCCUUCCUUCGACUCCUGAUUCUGCUGGACAUUUGUCCCAGACUGACGGGGAAAGAGACUGCAGAAUUCCCCCAGUUUGUCACUACUCUGACUGAAAUGGAUGAAGAGCUUCGACUAUCAUCCAUCAAUCGAAUCAGAUGGACUCUCGACCUUCACCCAUCCAUUAGACAUGCGCAACAGAACAUCUGUCCGACCGUCAUAUCGAGAUUUGGAUUACUCUCCGCUCGCCUCGUCCCUUCCAACCUCCCUCGUGUCAUGAAAAGGUGCCUGAGUCCAGCUCAUCUGCUCCUCUUGGACCGCAGGUCUUUCGUGCGCAACCCGUUUGCGACCCUUCCCCCCCGUCGUCCAUUUGGCUAUUCCUCCCGAACACGACACCUAGGCCGGAGACCCGUCCAGGACCGGCCGUCAUGGAACCGCCGCCAAUUCUCUGUUGGCAUCCAGCAUCCGGUCGUUGAUCGCCAACUGCUGGAAGACUUCAUCCGACUGAAACCGAAAAAAUGCCCUGUUCCGCGAUCAAAAGAGAAGAACCCGGAGGCUUGGAUAUCCUUGCUGGACCGGUACCUCCCGCCGUCCUUGCGGGGAAGCUCGGAGGAUACAGUCACAGGCCCGGUCCAUGAACCCCCGUCUGAAAUGACCCGGAAGUCUUUCAUGCAAACCCUUGACUUGGCCAAUCUUUUGUUCUCUGCCCGCCUGUCGGCGGAUCUAGACCUUCUGGCUCAUCUGGGGUUCAAAUUGAAUAACUGGCCGGCGGUGUAUGCCCUACUAAGCAGGUUACUAGAUGCGGCUGAUACACUCAAGGAGCUUUCCCUGCCUCUCCAAUGUGGCGUAAUUGAGGAUUGGAGCUCGAGCUCCGGACUCUCGCUCGACCAGCUCACCGAUCAGCGGUUGUCCUCCAGUCCACAGCUUACCCAGCAAAGUUCGAAAAUCGCUCUGGUGCCGGGAUUAACCACCCUCGAUGCGUUCACCGAACGCCCAUUUGCCCAGGAUCACUCCAAAUCUUGUAUGGCUGAGGUAUGGCAAAGUUUGGGGUCAAUUGUGCUCAGUGCAGCAGAUGCGUCACCUAAUGAGUCCAAGUUAGCCAUGUCAUAUGUAUACCGCAUCCUUGCCCGUCUACAUCAUUCCGGUAUUGUAUCAGAUCGGGUUUACAAAUACACUUCCCCGGAUGCCCACCAGGCUAACUUUCGGCCGCCGGGCAUGCACUUGCUCUCUACCCAUAUUAUGAAUGUCCUAUCAGACACGGCCUGGCUUGUGCAUGAAGCGGAGGUUGCCGCAAAAGCAGUUGCAGCCGGAGAAGAUCCCCCCUUUCUCCCUGUGAAAAUGGGCAUCAAAGAACUGGGUCAUGAGAUUUGGCUGGAAUUCAUUCUGUGGUGCUGCGUGGAACACGGCCAUAUCAAGGAAGGAGUUUGGCUCAUCGACCAAUUGAAGACGCGAACGGGUCAGUUGGUAUGGAAAUUCCAAAGCUGGAAGCCUCUCCUCCAAAAUCCUGAGGCGUUACGCGACACCAAAAUUGACCGUGAAGCCUCAUGGCAUCAUCGUCCUGAGUCAGUGGAUCACGCACCGCUAUUACGAAAGCGCAAUAGCCCCCCUGCUACCUUUAAUGGACUGGGUAAGCGGACGCUUAGUGUCGAAGUUGCCAUAGCUUUGUUAGACAAUCUCCCCAAUCUAGUCUAUCUAGGAUUGGGCUUUAGGGGAGUACACGCUGGCGCACUCUUGCGCUCUAUUAACAGUCUUCAGUUCGCCAUUGCCCCUACUUCUAAUGAUGUCCUCCUUCCCACAACAAAGGCGACCAACUGGCUUACUGUCCGUGUGAUCGAAUCGGGCGGCCUCAAUCCCGAAGCUGACCCUCAAGUGUUCGAAGAUUUUCUCAAGGCUACGCCAUGCGUUGUCCCACCUUGGAGCAGUGGCAUGUGUCCCGUUGAUGAGGAGUCCCUAGACCGGCUUUGUCCGUCACAGCUGUACGAUGACACGUCGGCCUUGGUCGGUCUAAUUGAGUACAACCUGAGAUUUUCUUCCGCGCGAAGACUUUGCGGGGAUGCCUUGAACAUAUUUGCCAUGCUGCAAACUGUGAUCGAUGCAAGUAAAAUGCAGCGCAUAAACGACUUCUUCUCCUCGCGGAUGGAUCACCCUAGUGCGAGCUUUCCUUCAUCCCAUAUCGGCAGCCUGGACACUUUGCGGCCAUUUGAUUCGUCCAUCCCGCAGGUAUCCAACGUCACGUUUGCUGGGUUGCUUGAUUUGAUAACCGUUUCGCGAGCCUACGCAUUUGGUGAAUGGCUUCUGUUCUCUGAUGACAUCGACGGGCCUGCAAUACCCCCCAGCGCAUACAAAGAUCAAGCUCUAGCACCCUCCAUUAUUCGAUUCGCAGCAGCGACCAAGAAUAACGCCCUCUGCGAGUCCGUCGUGGAGUCUCUCUCCCAGCCCAUAUCCUCCAAUACCCUCCGAGCACUACUGAAUUUCCGUAUCGCAAUGCACCAAUGGGACCUCGUCGCCCCUAUGCUUGAGUACCUGCGCGACUAUCGCUCCAAAUCCUGGGGUCAUAGCAAUGUCGCCGCCCUAGCCGCAGAGAUCAUCCGUCUCGACCACACAAUCCAGCAACAGCAGUCAUCCGAUCUCGCCAGCAUGGCAACCGACGCCACAAAAGCAAACCUAGAACAGGCCACAGACAUCCUGCGCCGAACCCUAACCGGUGAAUUCAAUGAGCUCUCGCACCGCACCACACCCCGAUUCCAAGAACGCUCUCUGUCUGCCUUCCAGCGCCUCUUCCUCUCUCUCCCCGCAUCCAUUUCCCCCUCCCUCCGCGAAAUCACCCAAUCGACCUCCCUCCCAUCCGUUACCAAACGGAUCACCACCCCCCGAAACGCCGCCCUCCCAUAUAUUCCCUCGCCAGCCUUCCACCUCAUCCUCUCCGCAGUCGUCGACACCCAAGGCAGCGCAGCAGGCAAACGCCUCUGGGACCGCUGGUGUCUCGACAUCAAAUCACCCACCCUUCGCCGUCUUCACGAGGGCGGCAUUCCGCGCUUCUACCUGCAUCACGAGCGGAACCGCGCCAAGGGCGAUCCGCACUUCGACCCGGUCUACUUCAAACAAGUUCAGAAGAAAGCAGUCAUCCCGAACCCGAAUACCGUCCGCAUUAUCGCCCAAGCUGCUGUACGGGAGUAUACGGAGUCUGAGAAUGCACGUCUGCAAAUGACUCAGACAUUUUCGUCUACCUCUGCUGCUGCUAUUUCUCCUUCAAGUCAAGGCAAACGCACCAACAAUCCAGCAGAGCAGAUCCUCGAAUUCUGUAUUCAGAAAUUCGAUGCUUUUGGGUUACGUCGCCGCGAGAUUAACCGUGAGGUCGGCGGACUGGUAUAUAAAAAGCAGCGAGAGGGUGUGAAAAAGUGGAAGAAGAAGAAGCAGCAGAUGGAGUGCGACGCUGCUGUUACUGCCUAG